GGCCCGCGGAGUGCAUGUUGCCCGGCGCCUCGGCUGCCUGUCAGGAGGACCUCGGGGCGGGGUCGGGCUGAGCCCAGCGUCUUCCUCUCGGCUCAGCUUCUCUAGAAAUCUUUCCCGGACUGCCGCGGGGAGGGGUGCGAGGGGGGCUCCCCGCGCCUCAGCCCGCCAUGUCCCGGCUGCUGCCGCUGCUGAGGAGCCGGACCGCGCGCAGCCUGAGGCCGGGCCCGGCCGCCGCGCCCCAGCCGCCGCCCUGGUGCUGCUGCGGCCGGGGGCUGCUGGCCAUCGCGGCCCCCGGCGGCCCCCGGCAGCUGGGCACUCACCCCAAGAAGGAGCCCAUGGAGGCGCUCAACACGGCGCAGGGCGCGCGCGACUUCAUCUACAGCCUGCACUCCACCGAGAGGAGCUGCCUGCUCAAGGAGCUGCACCGCUUCGAGUCCAUCGCCAUCGCCCAAGCAUGCAGAUAUCCCAAACCUGAGAUUGUUAUUGUGAAACAUGCGGAGGAAAUAUCAUCGGCAGAGACCCCUGAUAGUUUUGAAAAAUUGGAAGCUCAACCACCUACCCCAGGACAACUGAGAUAUGUAUUCAUCCACAAUGCGAUACCUUUCAUAGGGUUUGGCUUUUUGGAUAAUGCAAUUAUGAUUGUUGCAGGAACUCAUAUAGAAUUGUCCAUUGGAAUUAUUUUGGGAAUUUCAACUAUGGCAGCUGCUGCUUUGGGAAAUCUUGUGUCAGAUUUAGCUGGACUUGGGCUUGCAGGCUACGUUGAAGCUUUGGCUUCCAGGUUAGGCCUGUCAAUUCCUGAUCUCACACCAAAGCAAGUUGACAUGUGGCAGACACGUGUUAGUACACAUUUGGGCAAAGCCGUUGGGGUGACUAUUGGCUGCAUUCUAGGAAUGUUUCCUCUGAUUUUCUUUGGAGGAAGUGAAGAAGAUGAAAAACUGGAGAAGACUGAAUCCUCUUAGAAUACCCAUAAGAAGAUGUAAACUAAUGUACCUCAGUUAUUAACUAUACUGUCACAACAUUUAGAAGUUAAGACAGUAACAGUGUAUAGAUAUGGGAUCAAAUAGUUGAGCAUGUGUUAUGGAACACUAACUUAUUGUGGUUUGGUCUUAGGACAUCUUUUAAAAAAUAUUUGGUAUCAUAUGUGUAAAUUGUUGAAAUGCUUUUUCAUCAACAGCAGUCAGCAUUUCAUCUUUUUCUUCUUUAUCACAUUAUUAUUUAAGUAUUGGUCGUUGAUGUACUGUAUUGACUGGGAGUUUGGCUGUUUGUUACUUAACAUGCCUACAUGCAUGAAAGCGUUUAGUUCUUGCCAUCAUUGUUGUUACAUAAUAGUUAUAAUUCAACCUUAGGAGUUUUCCAGAUUACUUCAGAUAUUCAAUAUCAGUUAAAGUUUUUUUUUUUUUACUGUUUUAUUGGCAGCAUCAAUUUUGUAUUGUUUCACAGUAAACAUUAGCAAUUAUAAAAAUUUCA